AUGCAACUCAUGUUGACCAAUUAUAGAUACGAUCCAAACGUUGAUAUUGUGGAAGGAACAGAUACUGUUGAGGAAAGAUUAACUUUUUUAAAAUCUAUUUGUGAAGUUGUAUAUUAUAAAGCUAGAGUGAAAUUAAAUAUAAAGAGGCUGUAUCAAGCAGACGGGUAUGCCGUUAAGGAACUGCUCAAACUUGCCAAGCUUUUAAAUGAUGCUACAAUUCUUGCUAAAUCUGUGGAGGAAAGUGACGAUUAUGAAACAGCAUCUCUCCAACAAUUAAAUAGCUCCAAGUUUCAAUUAAACGUGAAACAAAUCAGAAGCAUUGCUACCGAGUUAACUGAACUGGGAGCUGAAUUGCACGAACUUUUAGGAAAGGAACUUGAGUUGAAACAAGAAAGAUUGGAAGCAAUUUCAUUCCCUCACAAUAUUGAAACAAUUAAGGAACAUAUUGAAAAGAAGAAUAUUGAAGCCAUUGACAUGAUUUCUGAAUUACAAAAAAGUAUCAAUGAUCUUAAAAAGGAUGAAGACAGUCUCAAAGAUAAAAAGAAGAGAAAGGAAACCGAGUUGGAGAGAGCAAAGAAGAGAUUGUCUCGAGUUUCAAACUUCAGACCUGCAUUUAUGGAUGAAUAUGAACAAAAGGAAACAGAUCUCCAAGAAUUGUACAGAAAAUACGUUGAAAAAUAUAGAAAUAUUGAAUAUUUGGAGCACGAAUUGGAGAAACAUAGAAAGGCUGAAGCCGAAAUAAUUGAGGAAAAUAAGCGACGACUCAAAUUACUGAGAAAGAAAUUGAGAGCUGAUGAAAUCAAAUAUCUCAGCGGUGAAAAUCAAGCCACUUAUGGUGAUGGAGAGGAUGAUGACGACGACGAUGAUGAUGACGAAGACGAUGAGGAAGGUGAUGGAGAGGAUGACGAUGAUGAAUCAUCAGAAGAAGAACAAGACGAAAGAGAAGUAAAGAGUAGUGCAAGGCCAAGAGCUGCCAGUGGAAGAAGACCAGAAGGUAGAACAACCACAACAGCUACUGCCAGUAAACCAAAUUUAAACGUAGCUCCUUCGAAUCAAAAACCACAGAUAGCCUCAAGAGAAACACCUGAUGGAUAUGAUUCAGAUGAAUAUGGAGAAUCAGAAGAGGAGAGUUCAAAUGAAGAUAACGAAGAAGAAAUGGUUAUGGACUCUGAAAAUGAUGACUCAUUCUAA